AUGUCUAAAUCUUCUAAUUACACUGAGAAGCAGUUGCAAAGAGCUGUUGACACAUACAAAAGCAAUUUAAAAUUAAAAAUCACAUCUCUGUCACAAGAAUUCAAAGUCUCAUAUAUCAUCUUAUAUGAGAGAAUCAAUGAGAAGAAAUCAAGAACUAUGAGAGUUCCACUGAAUCAAGCAUUGAAUGACAGCCAGGAAGAGGCAAUUAAGAUAUGA